ACGUCCACUGUGUCCCCGCAGAUGCUGGCCCACCUGCUGGCGGCGCGCGGGGCCAUCUCCCGCCACCGCUGUUUUGCGCAGAUGAUUCUUUACUUCACCCUGGGUGCCGUGGAGACCCUGCUGCUGGCCGUGAUGUCCACCGACCGCUUUCUGGCCAUCUGCUGGCCCCUGCGCUACCCUGCGCUCAUGACGCCCCGUGUCUGCUCCUCCCUGGUGCUGGCCUGCUGGGCAGCCAGCCUCCUGGCUCUGCCUGGGCUGUUUGCCUGGAUGUUGUCUCUCCCUUUCUGUGGUCCUCGGGUCCUCAACCACUUCUUCUGCGACAGCUCCCCUUUGCUGGAGCUGAUAUGCGCAGACACCAGGCUUCUGCAGCUGGUGGCCUUCCUGGUGGCUGUGUGCACCCUGCUCAUCGCUACACUGAUCACAGCCUUGUCCUAUGGCUGUAUCCUCAGCACCAUCUUGCGCCUGCCUGCUGCUGGGGGCCGGAGCAAGGCCUUCUCCACCUGUUCUUCCCACAUCCUGGUGGUGUCUCUCACCUAUGGAAGCUGUAUCAUUAUGUAUCUCAACCCCACGCAGACAGGGAGGCUGGGCCUCAACAAAGGAAUAGCUUUCUUCAACACCACAGUGUCGCCCCUGCUGAAUCCCUUCAUCUAUUGCCUCAGGAACCAACUGGUCCACACCGUGUGCAGGGAUUUGCUACUCAGGGGAAGGGAGCUUUCUUCCAAGCUAUUCAGAGCAUAG